AUGAGUUUGGUCGGCAGUUUGCAACUCAUCCUCCCGCCACGGCCGAGAAGCAGCAGCUACAACAGCACCAAGCUCUUGUGUUCAUUGAAAAACCCAACAACACAACAUCAACUCUCUUCUUCUUCUUCUUCUUCUUCAAUCCCUCUCAUAUCAAACUUAGUCUCUAUUGCCCUCGCUCUCACUCUUACCUCUUCCUCUUCACCUGCCUUAGCCAUUCCUUCUCUCUCCUCUUCUCAGCCUCUCACUACUCCUUUCACCCAAUCCAAGUUCGUGCAGACCGGUCUCCUCAAUGGCAAAAUCAGGCCUUGCCCUUCCACGAACCCAGGAUGUGUAUCGACGAAUCCGACCUCAUCUUCCUUCUCAUUUCCACUGACGAUCCCAGAAACCGAGUCACAGGAUCCCAUUCAGAAACUGAAGGAAGCAAUAGCGAGAACCCAGAAAAAUCCUAAAUUUGUGGCUCUUGAAGAUACCCCAUACGGUCGAUACUUGGAAGCGGAGGUAGAAGGAGGAGGAUUUAGCAGAGAUGUGAUGGAGUUCUUGGUGAAGCAAGAUGUGGUUGCUUAUAGGUGUAUGGCCACUAAGGUCACCUUUGUGUAUCCCUUCACAACUGCUUUUGGAGACUCAAAGGGACAAGAAGAGAGGAUGAAGAAGCUCAUUGAUGAGCUCGGUUGGUAUGCUCCAACCUUUGAAUCCAUGCAGGAGGAACCCAUGGAGGAACCAUGA